AUGUCCGACCCCGUCGACAAAUCCCUCCUCGAUCGCCUCCAAGCGCUACGCGGGGGCAGCGCAACCCCAGACAGGACUCCACCUACAAAGAUAAAUGUAGACCCCAUAGAGCGGAAGAAGACUCCGAACCGGGAGGAGGCUCUCGCCCUGCGUCUCAAGUCUCUACGCGACCAGGGCAGUCCCUCGCCAGUAGCAGCAAGGCCGCCACCUCAGGCGGACAAGUCGUCCACCACGGCUAGCGCAAGUCCUGCACCCGUGAGAGCAGCACCGAAAGAGAGUCCUCCUGAGCCAGAUGACGGGGACAUUGACGACGCCAUCUUCCAGACGGAUGACCAGACGCUAGAAGAGCUACUCGGGGAUGUUGGCCCCGACGACCAAUUCCAAGCUGAACCAGACGAUGAGCGGGUCAAGGUCCUGCUGGAAGAACUCGCCAAAGCAAUCCCAAAGGACACCGAGGGCCGCAUGAAGCAGGAUGGAAAGAAUGAGAAGGUCUUGGAUUCGGAUGACUCGGACAAUGAGGAUAUGAAGCGUGACGUCGACGACGUGCUCGCGAGGUUCCGCGAUGAGCUGGAACUUGAGAAUGCCCUCGCCAAAGAUGACCCUCCCGACGACGACAAGUCCCAGGACGGCCAUGAAUCCUCCACCGUCCUCCCCUCGACGGAAUCAGGCUUCUCUCUGCCCGACCUCCCGCCAACCCUCGAAGAUCUCCCCGCCGCCCGCACCGCCCGCGCCGCCAGCACCGACCUGGACGACCUCACGGCGCGCAUGGCCGCCCUCCGAGCACCCAACGACAUGCUCAACCUCCCCGACGUGCCCACCGACGCGCCCUCCAAGCCGUUCAAGCGGCUCGCCUCGCGCACAAACUACACCGACGACGACAUGGACAGCUGGUGCACCGUGUGCCUCGAGGACGCCACGCUGCGGUGCCUGGGCUGCGACGACGACGUCUACUGCGCGCGGUGCUGGCGCGAGAUGCACGUCGGUCCGCAGGCCGGCUUCGACGAGCGCAGCCACAGGGCCGUGCAGUUCACCAGGGACAAGAAGACGGAGAAGAGGAAGAUAGCGCUAGGGGCGUGA